AUGCACCCAACCAUCCACUCCUCCAAAUCCCAACUCAGCUACAUUCUGCACCCCAAUAACUCGGACGACGACGAUUGCACCAUCGCCGCCACCCCAUCACCGCCUGCCUCCAAGACUUCGCCGACCCCCACGAUGUCCAUGGCCCAGCUUGACCUUAGCAGCCCACAGUCGUCAUCCAUCUCCCCAGCCCGACCGCCAAAGAGCUCAAGCGUCAAGCUCAUGUACAACCGCGUGCGUCAACGCGGAGUCAGGCAAAAGGAAAAAGUCGAACGUCAGCUUCUCCGCCAACAAGUGGAGACUCUUCAAGUCCAGCUACGCCAUCUGCAAGCAAAACAACGACAAACAAGCGCCGAGGGGCGAAGAAUGCGAUUUUACGGCUUGCAGCGGUGGCAAGGACCUGCGGCAGCCCCCACCAAUAAAGGCGACUCUGCUGCUUUUUCCGAUCACUCAAAUUGACGAAGCGUAAUCUAUAUCCACUAUAAGGACACCAACGCGUAACGCUACAAAAAUAUCGCAUGGUCAUCAUAUCAACUAAUAUUCGA